AUGGAGCCGAUGGGCACUCUGUGGAAGGGGAAAGGGGCGGGCCGCAAGGGGCUGGGCUGCCAGGCCCGGCCCCGCUGGGCUGCAUGCGUAGGGCUGGGCACGAUUGCAUUGUGGGGAGGGAAGCUGGGGCUCACUCCUGACACAGUCAGCUGCUCCUCGGGCCCGCAGGUGGCCCACCCAGCCACCCAACCGGCUCAGCCAGGUGGCCGCAGUCACCUGCCGCCUGCCUUGCCCUGGAGCCCACUGCUGCUGCACACCGUGGAGGAGGCAGGGACCCCAGCCAGAGUGCCACUGCAACAUGGCCUUGAGUGCAGUGACCCCAGGAUGCCCUAUGACGCAUCCUCCGUUGGCUUUCCCCACUACCAUGCUGUACCUGGCACGACUUUUACCAGUCUCCAGGGGCGGGGCUGGGAGACACCACUGCUGAAUUCCUUAGUGGUCCCUGUGAUGGCUCCCUGGCCUCCCUUCAGCCUCCACCUCCUACUGCUGCUGCUACUGCCCUUCACUGGAGCCCAUCGCUUCUCUGCACCCAAUACAACCUUCAACCACCUGGCGCUGGCACCAGGCCGGGGCACACUCUAUGUGGGCGCAGUGAACCACGUCUUCCAGCUCAGCCCUGAGCUACAGAUCGAGGCUGUGGCUGUUACUGGCCCUGUCGUCGACAGUCCCGACUGCGUGCCUUUCCGUGACCCAGCUGAAUGUCCUCAGGCCCGGCUCACUGAUAAUGCCAAUCAGCUCCUGCUGGUGAGCAGCAGGGCCCAGGAGCUUGUGGCUUGCGGGCAGGUAAGGCAGGGUGUCUGUGAGAAACGGCGCCUUGGGGAUGUGGCUGAGGUGUUAUACCAGGCCGAAGACCCUGGUGAUGGGCAGUUUGUGGCCGCCAACACCCCAGGAGUGACCACUGUGGGUCUAGUGGUGCCCUUACCAGGCCGGGACCUCCUGCUGGUGGCCAGAGGCCUGGCAGGCAAGCUGUCGGCAGGAGUGCCACCCCUAACCGUACGCCAGCUGGCUGGGCUACAGCCCUUCUCCAGUGAGGGCCUGGGCCGCCUAGUGGUGGGCGACUUCUCAGACUACAACAACAGCUAUGUGGGGGCCUUUGCUGAUACCCACUCUGCCUACUUCAUCUUCCGCCGCCGAGGGGCCCGGACCCAGGCUGAGUACCGCUCCUAUGUGGCCCGUGUCUGCCUAGGGGACGCCAAUCUUUACUCCUAUGUGGAAGUGCCCUUUGCCUGCCAGGGCCAGGGCCUCAUCCAGGCUGCCUUCCUUGCCCCAGGCACCUUGCUAGGGGCAUUUGCCGCAGGCCCAAGUGGGGGACAAGGGGCCCUGUGCGCCUUUCCCCUGGCCAAACUGGACAGGAGCAUGGAGCAGGCCCGGCGACUUUGCUAUACAACUGGAGGUCGGGGCCCUAGCGGUAUGGAGGAAGCCACUGUGGAAUAUGGCGUCACGUCGCGUUGUGUUACCCUGCCCCCUGACUCCCCAGAGUCAUACCCCUGUGGUGACGAGCACACCCCCAGCCCCAUUUCUGGCCGCCAGUCUGUGGAGGCCCAGCCUCUGCUGCAGCUUGAGCAGCCCAUCAGCGCUGUGGCAGCCCUCCAGGCAGAUGGGCACACAAUAGCCUUUCUGGGGGACACCCAGGGCCAGCUAUAUAAGGUCUUUCUCAAUGGUUCCCAAGGCCAGGUGUACCACUCCCAGCAAGUGGGGCCUCCAGGCUCAGCCAUCAGUCCAGACCUGCUGGUGGACAGCAGUGGUAGGCACCUCUAUGUCCUGACUGCCCAACAGUUGGACCGGGUACCUGUGGCUGCCUGCCCCCAGUUCCCGGACUGUACCAGCUGCCUCCAGGCCCAGGACCCACUGUGUGGCUGGUGUGUCCUUCAGGGCAGGUGUACCCGAAAAGGCCAGUGCCUGCGGGCAGCCCAGCCAAACCAUUGGCUGUGGAGCUAUGAGGAGGACAGCCACUGUCUCCACAUCCAGAGCCUGCUGCCAGCCCACCACCCCCGCCAGGAGCAGGGCCAGGUCACCUUGUCUGUCCCCCGACUGCCCACCUUGGCUGUAGAUGAGUACUUCCAUUGCGCCUUUGGGGACUAUGACAGUUUGGCUCAUGUGGAAGGGCCCCAUGUGGCCUGUGUAACCCCUCCCCAAGACCAGGUGCCACUUAACCCUCCAGGCACAGACCAUGUCACCUUGCCCCUGGCCCUCAUGUUUGAGGAUGUGUCUGUAGCUGCCACCAACUUCUCCUUCUAUGACUGCAGCUCGGCCCAGGCCUUGCAGAUGGCCGCUCCGUGCCGCACCUGUGUAAGCAGCCUUUGGCGGUGCCACUGGUGCCCCCAGAGUAGCCGCUGCGUAUACGGAGAGCACUGUCCAGAGGGUGAGAGGACAGUCUACAGUGCCCAGGAGGUGGAUGUCCAGGUGCGUGGUCCGGAAGCUUGUCCCCAGGUUGAGGGCCUGGCAGGUCCCCACUUGGUGCCUGUGGGCUGGGAGAGCCAUUUGGCUCUGCGUGUUCAGAACCUUCAAUAUUUCCGAGGCUUGCCUGCCUCCUACUAUUGCUGGCUGGAGCUACCUGGAGAACUUCAGAGGCUACCAGCUUCCCUGGAAGAGACAACUGGGGGUGCAGGCCUCAUUCACUGCCAGGCCCAGCAGUUCCACGCCUCUAUGUCCCAGCGGGAGCUCCUAGUACCCAUCUACGUCACCCGGGGUGAGGUCCAACGACUGGACAACGCCCGCACUCUUCACGUGACCCUGUAUGACUGUGCUGUGGGCCACCCUGACUGCAGUCACUGCCAGGCAGCCAAUGAGAGCCUGAGCUGCCUGUGGUGCAGUGACGGCCAGCCUGCCUGUCGCUAUGGACCACUAUGCCCACCAGGGGCUGUGGAGCAGCUGUGUCCCACACCCAGAAUUGAUUCGAUUGAACCCCUGACCGGUCCCCCAGAAGGUGGCUUGGCCCUCACCAUCCUAGGCUCCAACCUGGGCAGGGCCUUUGCGGAUAUCCAAGAUGCUGUGAGCGUGGCUGGCCAGCCCUGCAGCCCCGACCCCUCUCUCUACCGCACUUCUGCCCGGAUUGUGUGUGUAACAUCUCCUGCCCCCAAUGGCAUGGCUGGGCCAGUCCAAGUGGCCAUUAAGAGUCGGCCACCUGGCAUCUCAACCCAGCACUUCACCUACCAGGACCCCAUCCUGCUGAGCCUGAGUCCUCAGUGGGGCCCCCAGGCAGGGGGCACCCAGCUCACCAUCCAUGGGCAGCACCUCCAGACAGGAGGCAACAUCAGUGCCUUUGUGGGUGACCAACCCUGUCCCAUCCAGGAGCCGGUGUGUCCUGAGGCCAUUGUGUGCCGCACCAUGCCCCAAGCAGUGCCAGGAGAAGCAGUGGUCCUUGUGGUCUUUGGCCAUGCCGAGCGCAGACUGCUCACCAGUCCCUUUCGCUACACUGCCAAUCCCCAGCUUGUGGCAGCAGAGCCCAGUGUCAGCUUCCGGGGGGGUGGGAGGCUGAUCCGUGUCAGGGGUACAGGCCUGGAUGUGGUGUGGCAGCCCCUUCUGUCUGUGUGGCUGGAGGCUGAGGCAGAGGUGAAAGCUUUAGGGGCCCAGUACCAGGACUUGAACCCAAGAAGGAGCUGCAGUGCCACUACUGUGGACCCCCAGACUUGUAUCCAGCUUGAAAGGGGCUUGCUACAGUGCUCCACGGUCUGCUCCAUCAACUCGUCCAGCCUCCUCUUGUGCCGCAGCCCUGCAGUACCAGAUGGAACCCAUCCAAAACGGGUGUUCUUUGCCCUGGACAACGUGCAUGUGGACUUCAGCAGCGCCAGUGGGGGCCAAGGCUUCUUGUACCAACCCAACCCACGCCUGGCCCCACUCAGUCGCGAAGGGCUCUCCCACCCCUACCGCCUUAAGCCAGGCCACGUCCUAGAUGUGGAGGGUGAGGGCCUCAACCUGGGAAUCAGCAAGGAGGAGGUGCGAGUGCACAUCGGUGACGGAGAGUGCCUGGUGAAGACGCUCACACUCACCCACCUGUACUGCGAACCACCUCCACGAGCCCCUCAGCCCACCAAUGGCUCCAGUGCUCUGCUGCAGUUCGUGGUGCAGAUGGGCAACGUGCGCUUGGCCCUGGGCCCUGUCCAGUACGAGGCAGAGCCCACGAUGUCUGCCUUCCCCGUGGAGGCCCAGGUGGGCCUAGGCAUGGGUGCUGCCGUGCUGAUCGCUGCCGUGCUUCUCCUCACCCUCAUGUACAGGCACAAGAGCAAGCAGGCCUUGCGGGAUUACCAGAAGGUGUUGGUGCAGCUGGAGAACCUGGAGAUUGGUGUGGGCGACCAGUGCCGCAAGGAGUUCACAGACCUGAUGACUGAGAUGACGGACCUCAGCAGUGACCUGGAGGCCAGUGGGAUCCCCUUCCUGGACUAUCACACAUACGCUGAGCGUGCCUUCUUCCCUGGCCAUGGUGGCUGCCCUCUGCAGCCCGAGCUUGAGGGGCCCGGGGAAGAGGGCCGUCGUGCCACUGUGUGCCAGGGCCUCACACAGCUCUCCAAUCUGCUCAACAGCAAGCUCUUCCUCCUCACACUCAUCCACACUCUGGAGGAGCAACCCACCUUCUCACAGAGGGACCGCUGCCAUGUGGCUUCACUGCUGUCCCUGGCGCUGCACAGCAAGCUUGAAUACUUGACUGACAUCAUGAGGACUCUGCUUGGUGACCUGGCAGCCCAUUAUGUACACAAGAACCCCAAGCUCAUGCUGCGCAGGACAGAGACCAUGGUGGAGAAGCUGCUUACCAACUGGCUGUCCAUCUGUCUCUAUGCCUUCCUGAAGGAAGUGGCUGGUGAACCACUGUACAUGCUUUUCCGAGCCAUCAAGUACCAGGUGGAUAAGGGCCCUGUGGAUGCUGUGACAGGCAAGGCAAAACGGACCCUGAAUGAUAGCCACCUGCUGCGGGAGGAUGUGGAGUUCAGACCCCUAACACUGAUGGUGCUGGUGGGCCCUGGAACUGGAGGGCUAGCAGGGAGCAGUGAGGUACAGCGAGUGCCAGCCCGAGUGCUGGACACGGACACCAUCACCCAGGUCAAGGAGAAGGUGUUGGACCAAGUCUGCAAGGGCACCCCCUUCUCCCAGAGGCCCUCAGUGCACGCCCUAGACCUUGAGUGGCGCUCAGGCCUGGCUGGUCAUCUAACCUUAUCAGAUGAGGACUUGACCUCAGUGAUUCAAAACCACUGGAAGAGACUCAACACCCUGCAGCACUACAAGGUCCCAGAUGGAGCAACUGUAGGGCUCAUCCCUCAGCUAAACAAUGGUGGCGUUGUCUCCCAGAGCGUGGCCCAGAGCUGCCCAUCUGGAGAAAACAUCCCCAUGCUGGAGGACGGCGAGGAAGGUGGUCUGCGUUUCUGGCACCUAGUAAAGGCCGCUGAGGAGCCAGAAGGGGCCAAAGCACGGCGCAGCAGCCUCCGGGAGCGGGAACGGGAGCGGGCACGGGCCAAAGCCAUUCCAGAAAUCUACCUCACCCGCCUGCUCUCCAUGAAGGGUACACUGCAGAAGUUUGUAGACGACACCUUCCAGGCCAUUCUCAGUGUGAACCGACCUGUGCCCAUCGCCGUCAAGUACCUGUUUGACUUCCUGGAUGAGCUGGCAGAGAAGCAUGGUAUCGAGGACCCGGAGACCCUGCACAUCUGGAAGACGAACAGCCUGCUGCUGCGGUUCUGGGUGAACACCUUGAAGAAUCCACAGCUCAUCUUUGAUGUGCGGGUGCCAGGCAAUGUGGACGCCAUCCUGGCUGUCAUUGCGCAGACCUUCAUUGAUUCCUGCACUAUCUCGGAACACAAAGUGGGCCGGGAUUCCCCGGUAAACAAACUGCUCUACGCCCGGGAGAUCCCUCGCUACAAGCAGAUGGUGGAGAAAUACUAUGCAGACAUUCGCCAGAGCUCUCCUGCGAGCUACCAGGAGAUGAACUCCACCCUGACUGAGCUGUCUGGGAACUACACCUCUGCUCCCCACUGUCUAGAGGCUCUGCAAGAACUCUACAACCAUAUCCAUAGGUAUUAUGACCAGAUCAUCAGUGCCCUGGAGGAGGACCCUGUGGCCCAGAAGAUGCAGCUGGCUUGUCGCCUGCAGCAGAUUGCUGCCCUGGUGGAAAACAAAGUGACUGACUUGUGAGCUUGGACCACAGUGGGCACCUGAGGCCAGCCAACUUAGCAGCAAGCAGAACUCAGCACCACAAGUGCCUUAUGACCCCUGGAUCAAGCCAGUGACUGAGGAGGGGCUGGCAGAGCCUGGGAGGUGUAGGGUACCCACCACCAAUCACCGCCAAGCUUAUUUCUAAUUUAUGUUGAUCCAUACUCCCUUCUCCCACUGUAUUUAUUUGCUUGCUGGAGAAUCACAUCUAGGAAUAAAAUAGAAAUACAUCUUUUUAGAAAAAGCCCAAUCU